CCCCCCCCCAAUCCGUCGAUCCACCCACCCUUAUCCUCUGUGACUUACGACCUCCCUCCACCGUCCCUGCUCGAUCCCCCUUCCCCCUCUCCGUGCACCCUGGAAAGCAUGGCCGACGAUCUGCACGCCGGCGCGGCUGUCUUUGGCGAGGCUUUCCGCAAGCUCUCCCCCGCCGAGUACGCCACUCUGUCCGAAAGUGAUCGGGCAGUCUACGAUGUGCGCCUGGCAAUUGUGGAGAAGCGCGAGCAGGAGGCCCUUCCCUACACCUGGCAGCAGACCCUCAGCGAAGUGACCGUGUCCUUCCCCCUCCCCGAGGGCGUUACUCGUGCCAAGCAGCUGAGCGUCGUCCUUGCCAAUGCCCCAAAGCCUGUGAAGAUUACCACGCCCGAGGGCGUGCUGUUUGAGGGCAUCCUCUGUUAUCGAGUCAGCCUUGAUGACACUUCUUGGUUCAUUGACGAUGGGCGACUGGUCAUUGAGAUGGAAAAAAGCGGCUCCGGGUCUCAGGGCGCCUGGUGGAAGGCCGUCUUCCAGGGCGACCCGGAGCUGGACAUCAGCAAAAUCCAACCCGAGAACAGUAGCCUGGCUGACCUGGAUCCGGAAACUCGGAAGAUGGUGGAGAAAAUGAUGCAUGAGCAGCGCAACCAACGUUGACACAUGGGUCCCGGUGCAAGUUUACGUACUCCCCCCCCCCCC